AUGACACCCCGAACCAUAUCCUUGGUUACAUUUCGUAACACCGCGCAUCAACGUGCACAUUUUGGGAUAUUCAUCCCCUCUGCUACCGAUCAGGACUUUGGAACGCUUAUCCAUGCUGUUGGCGCACCGAUGGUUGGCUACCAGAUUGAGUUUAAACGAAAUUAUGCUCUUGAAGAUACGCAGCAACAGCACACCAGAUAUGAUAUUGGGCAGAUCGAUUCUAAGUACAUUGAAGACACCACAGGUGGGGAAAUCAUACGAGACUCCACGCCGAAAGGUGCAGUAGAGGUUGCCGCCAGUAAAAUCCCCCCACCAAGAAUCAGCCAAAACUUCCUAGCCCCGGUUAAUGAUACUACCAAUAAAAGAUGCCAAGAAUGGACAAUGGAAUACGUCCGUCAUCUUGUGCAUCUUGAAUAUCUCGAACCGGAGGCCAUUCAAAUUGUACAGUCCAAGCGUGAUCCGCCGUCUCACGGUAUCGGUUUACUGCCCCUUGUGAGAGAUUAG